GAGUUCUAAAAAAUUGUGUUCCUUUUUCAGCGAGUUCCUCUUAAAAAUGUCAAAAUAUAGUUUUCGUGGUUUGCGUAUUUUUCUAGUUAUUGAUAGAGUGCUUGGAAGUUUGUGAUAUAUAAGAGAAAUGUCGUUAGGGCCAUUUUUCCGUUCUCCGUUCACGGAUCUGACCGCUUCGAUGGUUAACUUCCAGCAGUACGACAAAUGCGGCGAAAUGGAGAUGGCUGCCAUUGACUGUCUGGAAGCGUACGGAACAGUCCGAGGUGCGAAGAAGUGUGCUGACAUUUUGAUCGACUUCCAGGAGUGUGCCUUCAUGAAUAAGCAAAUUGCUAGAUUCAGGACUAUGCGUCUUGAAAGACAUCGUCAAGGUUUGUUGGGUGAUAGGAAGGCGGAAGAUUACUACGCCAAACCGCCACGCGUUGACGCAUACUAAACACAUUAGGUGUGAUAUUUUCAGUUAAUAAUAUAAAUCAGUUAAUCAAUUUAA